CGCGGGGCGGCCCCGGAAGCGCUCGGCGGCGGCGGCGGGCGGUGCCGGGCGGUGCCGGGCCGAGCUCGGCGGGCGGGGGCGCGGGAUGGAGGUGAUCAGGAGCAACUUUAAGGAUAACCUAAAUAAAGUGUAUGAAGCCAUUGAAGAGUCGGACUUCCUGGCCAUCGACGGAGAGUUUUCAGGGAUCAGUGAUGGGCCUUCAGUUAGUGCAUUAACAAAUGGCUUUGACACUCCAGAAGAAAGGUAUCAGAAACUUAAAAAGCAUUCCAUGGAUUUUUUGCUCUUUCAGUUUGGCCUUUGCACUUUUAAAUAUGAUGAGACAGAAGAAAAGUAUAUUAUGAAGUCAUUUAAUUUCUAUAUUUUUCCAAAACCCUUUAACAGAAAUUCACCAGAUGUCAAGUUUGUCUGUCAGAGUUCAAGUAUAGAUUUUUUAGCAAACCAGGGAUUUGAUUUUAAUAAAGUUUUUCGCAAUGGAAUUCCAUAUUUAAAUCAGGAAGAGGAGAGACAGCUAAGGGAACAGUAUGAUGAAAAACGUUCUCAAGCCAAUGGUGCAGGAUCUCUGUCAUACAUUUCUCCUAAUUCCACAAAGUGUCCUGUAACAAUUCCUGAAGAUCAGAAAAAAUUUGUAGAGAAAGUAGUGGAACAGAUAGAAGACUUACUAAAGAAUGAAGAAAGUGAAAGUUUGGAACUGGAGCCAUGUACAGGAUUUCAAAGGAAAUUAAUUUAUCAGACCUUGAGCUGGAAGUAUCCGAAAGGUAUCCACGUGGAAACUCUGGAGUCAGAUAAGAAGGAGAGGUAUAUUGUUAUUACUAAGGUAGAUGAAGAGGAACGAAAAAGAAGAGAGCAGCAGAAACAAGCAAAAGAACAGGAAGAAUUGAAUGAUGCUGUAGGAUUUUCCAGAGUUGUCCAUGCCAUUGCUAAUUCUGGCAAGCUUGUUAUUGGGCACAACAUGCUGUUGGAUGUUAUGCACACCAUACAUCAGUUCUAUUGCCCCUUACCUGAUGACCUAAGUGAGUUCAAGGAAGUAACAUCAUGUGUCUUUCCCCGGUUACUGGAUACUAAACUGAUGGCAAGUACGCAACCUUUUAAGGAGAUGAUUAAUAAUACAUCACUUGCAGAACUGGAAAAGCGUUUAAAAGAGGUUCCAUUCAGCCCUCCUAAAGUUGAAAGUGCAGAAGGAUUUCCAAGUUAUGAUACAGCAUCUGAACAACUCCAUGAAGCAGGAUAUGAUGCUUACAUUACUGGACUGUGCUUCAUUUCCAUGGCUAAUUUCCUAGGUUCAUUCCUCAGUCCUCCGAAAAACCACGUGUCUGCUAGAUCAAAACUCAUUGAACCUUUUUUUAACAAGCUGUUUCUUAUGAGAGUAAUGGACAUACCAUAUCUCAAUUUGGAAGGACCAGACUUGCAGCCCAAACGAGAUCAUGUUCUUCAUGUUACUUUUCCCAAAGAGUGGAAGACUAGUGACCUAUACCAGCUUUUCAGUGCCUUUGGUAACAUUCAGGUUUCGUGGAUUGAUGAUACAUCUGCAUUUGUCUCAUUGAGCCAGCCAGAGCAAGUACAAAUAGCUGUAAACACCAGCCGGUAUGCUGAAAGUUAUAGGAUCCAGACAUAUGCAGAAUAUGUGGAGAAAAAAUAUGAAGAAAAACAGGCCAAGAGAAAAUGUACAGAAGAUAGUUGGAAGGAGAUGGAGAGGAAGAGGUUAAAAACCCAGUGCACACCUUACAUUUCCCAGAGUCGAUACUACUGUGUUAACAGUUUUACAGGUACCAGUACAGUGGGAAAGAGAAGCAUGAGUCCUAUUGAGGAAGAAACUGUUUCUGAUGAUAUGGAAGAGGCAGAAGGCCAAGAUCCAGAAAAUGAUCAGGCAGACUCCUGUGCAGAAUCCUUUCCAGAUGGUAAGAAGAGAGCAAAAAAGUUGAAAAAGAUCAAGACAGAACAAGUUCCAGCAGGAAACCUCACAACUAGUUCCACUGGAAUUUUUGAGGUCCCUGAAACAUGGUAGGAAACAACUGCCUUAAAAAGUGGAAUUUAUUGAAAACAGUUGAGAGAAUACACCUCUUGGAAGCCAUACUUUAUUUAAAUAAAGUGGUGUUAACAAUGCA